ACUCCGUCGGAGAUGCUAAUCGUCGAGGAAUUUUGACGUGCACGUCUGGCUGUGCGGAGGGUGCCUAGCAGACGUAACCGUGUUGGAUCCGUGACGUUUUUGGAUGCUCGAGGCGCCCGGGGUCCUUCGUGUUCGAGUAGUUUCGAGAGCCGGAUGUGUAUGAGGGCGCGCUCGUGAGCGACUCGGUGGGGAAAAAUGGGAAAGAAGAAGAAAAAGUCGUUCAAGGUGUGGUGUUUCUAUUGCGAGAGGGAGUUCGAGGACGAGAAAAUUUUAAUUCAGCAUCAGAAGGCCAAGCACUUCAAGUGCCAUGUCUGCCACAAGAAGUUGUCGACGGCCGGUGGCAUGGUGGUGCACGUUCUCCAAGUCCACAAGGAGUCUAUCACGAAGGUUCCAAAUGCGAAACCGGAGAGGGAGUCAACGGAACCUGAAAUAUUUGGCAUGGAGGGUAUCCCCCCCGAGAUUCUAGCUGCGCAUGACGGGGACCAAGACGAUGAAAAGCCUGCAAAGGUUGCGAGGGUGGAGAUUCCCCCCUCUUCGCCAUUUGGUGGCUUAGUAAUGGGACCGAUUGCUCUCGGUAUGGCCUCCCAACCGAUGUAUUCUCCAAUGCCGCCUGUAUAUAUGUCCCAACAACCCAGUGGCCCACGACCUCCUUCUUGGCCACCUCAACCGCCGAACUCACAUGGGUGGAACCAUAUGCACCCUGGACAACCCCCAAUGCACCCACCACGACCCCCUCCUCCACCACAACCGCUGUUUCCAAUACAGGCUCCCAAUCCACCUUCUAUGUCAUCAGCCUCUGCGCUACCACCAGCGCAGCCAUUAUUUCCUAUUCGACCAGCUGCCCCCCCAUCUUCGGCUCCUCCUUCGCAGCCUUUAUUUCCUGUCAAUGGUACGCCAUCCACUGGUUCUUCUUCUUCGUCAUCAUCAGUUGGUACGUCGUCUAGCGGAGUUCCUUUGAGGAGCCCAGGAAAUGGGCAGACUGCGGUGGACAGCACUAGUGGAGCUGGGUCCUUACCAGGAGGUCAGAGUUCAGUCACAUCAGCAACUAUGGUGGGACGCCCUCCUUCCUUACCUUUUGGAGGAGUUCCGAAUUUACCCCCCUCAGGAAGUCACAUGUACGCAUCUGCCCCAAGCACAGGAGGUCCGUCCAUUGGCCCACCUCCAGUUAUAUCAAACAAACCUCCCGGUCCUCCAGGCUUGACCAACGAGGUCUACCUUGUCUGGGAUGACGAGAUUUUGUCCAUGGAGGAGAGAAGACUGUCUUUACCUCAGUAUCAGGUGCUUGAUGAAACCUCACAGGUAAGCACCAAACUUGACGUUGAUUGAUAGGUUGACGACGGCUGGCAAAAGAUGGUGUGUACAUGAACUCUCUGCAAAAUGUUUAUGAAAGUGCUAGAGGAUUAUAGCUCAGAAUGACUAAGUACAGGAGACGACAUGUACUUGACGAAUCCCGACGGCAUCAGUAAAAAACUUGAUUCGGCCAAUGCCGGGAGUGUGUCCUGGUUUAGGGUUAAGCUUUCAUUCGGGGGCAAGCAUGUCUGUUAGCUCUUCUUGGUCAUGGUUUGGUAGUGGUUGCCAGCUUCUGAAGCUUCCCUACUUGGUGGUAUUUAUCACUUGUAUUGGAGCACAAGAGUAGCCUGCAGUCAUUGCAGUGAAUCUGAAAUGAUAGUGCGUUAAGUCGCUACAUAUGGACACUUUAAUGCUGUUUCGUUCAAGCUCGUUAGGUGUUUCAAGGAUCUGCUGGGCCAUGUUUGCAUUCCACAUUGAAAGAGGCAGCCAAGGUUUGGUACUUAUUAGCACUAAUUCUGGUCAGAGGUCAGUGGUUCUACCCUUGGCCUUUGGAUUCAAAAUUUCGUGCUGCUAUAAGACGAAAACACUAGGGAGCACUAGUGUGAGAAAGAAGUUGACGAUUUGUUUGCUCUCAGAUGAAUACGAUUGAAGCAGCAUUUGACAGAAGAAUUUUGGAGGGCAGACUUGCCGGGCGGAUGGGAUUCCGUGUGUAAAAGGUACACUAUAUUCAGCUUGCACUUCGAGAGUAUUGUUGGCUACCUGGGUGGAGUCGGUGACUUGUGGGAGCAUUACACAGUUUACAGAGGCAUAGAAUUGAUCGUUCAUAUAUUGCUCGGGUGCUGUAAUGCUCUGCUUGAGUUGCCUCAGAACAUCAAGAGAUGCAGAUUUUCUCGCUCGUCAUGCAUGAGUUUCUGCCUAUCUUGUAUCGGCAACAACGUACGUUUUAUCGCUCUUGAAAGUGAAACAGGGAGAAAUCGAUUGGCCUCGUUGCGCCGUCACAGGUCAUACUUAAAAAAAUCCUCGAAGUUUUGAUGGUUAUGCUUUGGAGGCGACAGACUUAUACCACAGGUGAUAGCUACAAUUGAUGACUCUGUCGAGAAUUGUGUACAAUGGCUAGGUAACAAUUGCCCUAAAAUGUGGGUGUGGCCUAAUUCAUGGUAGAUUCUACAGCCCCCAGAGCCUGGGGUAUACAAGACUUCUAACGUCGAACGGGAACACAGUCACUUCAUUAGAUGCGGGCAGAGGCGCAAGUAGUGGAAGUCUAGGUUCACAGGGUUGUAGUGAUAAGUUGUCAUACGGGCUUUGGCCCUUGGGGAUCUUUGUAGCUGGCACUUGCGUCACGCCCUUACCGCCUGAAUUAUUUGAAGGCUAAAGGAAAAAGAAUCUUGUUCGGAAGCUGUGAAUUGAUCCAAUGUAUGAAAACACGUUCAUUAUAUGGACCUUAUACGUCCUCGAGCUAAUUGCUCGUGAGAGUGUUGAGCCUUUGUUCAUUACAAAUUCUGCGGUUCUC